AUGGCGUUGACCACUACCGUCUUUGAGGAUUUCUAUGCCGCCGUGGGAGUACCGUCAACGGCAUCCAUUGACGAGAUCAGUACUGCCAUCCGAACACAAGUCAAUUUCCUGUUGGACUCAACGACUGAGGACUCUGUGGUAUUUGAAAAUUGUACCCUCUUAUUGAAAAUUAAGGGGAUUCUCUGCGAUGAAUAUUCGAAGGCCGAGUACGACGCCAUAUACCAAGAACGAAUGGGAUCUUGA